AUGUCGGGUCGCAAACUUGCGAAACUUCAUAUCCCAUUUUUCCACAAUACCGCAAGGACCGCUCCCGCAAAGGAACCUAGCGACGUAGUCGGUUCCACGCUCUCAGACAAAAAGAACAGUCUAUCGCAGAGAAGACAGACCCUUGUCCAGCGCACCGAUAGCGGAAGGCAGAGAAACGUUAUUUGGUCAGAUACCGUCAAUAGCGACUUGGUCGCAAACAUAUCCGCGACUGAACUCAACAGGCAAGAAGUGAUAUUUGAAAUCAUCAGAACUGAGGAAGAAUACGUGCGUGACCUUCGUUUAAUCGAGAAAAACUUUAUCCAACCGAUCAAAGAAGAAGAACAGACAUACAGAAAUAAGCAACUUCCAGAAAAUCUAAACAAAGUAUUCAACUCAAUUUCAUACUUCCUUUUCAUUCACGAGGUCAUCAGUACUUGUCUAAAGGAACGUCAAGAACAACAAGAGCCACUCGUCAGAAACAUUUCAGACAUACUUUCAGCCUACGCAUGGGUCUUUAGAGCAUACGCCCCAUACCUUAUUCACUACGAGGCUGCCCUAAGGGAGCUCAACGACUCAAUCCGCAAGAAGGAUAAGCUUGGCAGAAGAGUCAAGAAACUCGGGGGAUGCCGCAACCUCCCUCUCACAACCUACCUUCUCAAACCAUUCCAACGCUUGCUUCAAUACCCACUCCUCAUCCAAAACCUUCUCAAAUGCACAAACAGAGAUGGUCCAGACUAUGAAGACACCGUAACGCUCAAGAAAAAGUUGGACGGAAUAUUAAGAGACGUCGAAGAACAGAAACUCGCCCAUGAGAAUAAACAGAGGCUGCGGGAGUUAGAGUCCAGGAUUCACGGAUUAGGAGGAUUCAAAUUGGCUGUAGACAACCGUCAGUUGCUCGGCGAAAGACCGGCCUGUCAGAAAUCUGAUUCAUUAAUGAAGAAGCCAUCGUUGAAGAAAUCUCUCACUGUUGCUUCCGACAACCCAAAACGCCAAUCUGUACGGAAUCUAUACGCUCUCAAUCUAUAUGCUAUCGAGUGUAAUGAUAUCGUGCUCCUUGCUGAGAAGAUAGGGAUGACAAAUAAAGGCCUACCGAUAUACAGGCUCAUCUCUCGUCCACCAACUCGUGCUGCAAACACUAUGCACAAAACAGAAGAUUCUGGUUUCUAUAGUGACUAG